GAGAGAGAGAGCUUCAGUGAUUCCCACACUGUCUUGCUGGCUGGCACUGAGCGCUGUGUUCUGAUCCGGCCCCUCUGAUGGGGUUUCAUGCUUGUAGGCAGUGUUGGGGACUCUGAGAGCAACGCACUUUUCCGAGCCUCAUAUUGACUUAUUUGAAAAUCCUGCUCACUGACCAUCUCAGCCCACCAAGAUGAGACUCAGGACAACUCAUCUUAGACUCAAUGAUGGCUAAUGGAUGCUGAAGAAGGGUCAGUCACUCGAACCCAAAAGGGAGAUAAAAAAGGACAGCAAACUCAAGUGGUCGAAGGACGCCUUGCAGAUAUGAGAGUGAUACUGGUGUGUUGCCUCCUCUCCCUUCUCUCUCAAUCACAUGCCUGUCCCAAAGAGUGCAGCUGCAAUGCAAACACCAAAGUUGUGGACUGCAGGGGUCGAGGCCUGUAUGACAUACCUCGACGAUUACAUCCAGACACCCAAGAGUUAUAUCUUCAAGACAAUCGAAUCAGAGGCCUUGGAUCGAUGGCUUUUCGAGAAAUACCGCUUGUUCGCAUUCUCGAUCUAUCAAACAACUCGAUAACAUCUGUUUCCCCAACUGCUCUUCUGGGGCUCAGAACUCUGCAGCGGCUCAGCCUGGCCUACAACAGCCUGAGAGAGCUUGACAAGCGGUUAUUUGGACCCAUUCAUUCACUUUCACACCUUGAUGUUUCACACAACAGCCUGUGGGGCUUGUCCGGAGCCAUGGGUGACAAUCUGAGGAACCUGAGCCACCUGGGGCUCGCCCACAACAGGCUAACACGAUUAGACCGAUCCCUGCUGGAGACCUUGGCCCGCCUGGACAGCCUCACACUACGAAGCAACCCAUGGAAGUGUGACUGCCACCUUAUAGGCCUCAAACUGUGGCUGGAGACCUACCUCUUCAAAGGUGGUGCAGUGGAUGAGGUGCUUUGCUACCAGCCUCUCGAGAUGAGGGACAGAGACCUACAGAAGGUCCCUUACCAGCUUUUCCAUGCCUGCAUGACCACCAGCUACCAUUACCUAUUUGCCAACAUCCAUCAUCUGGAGUCGGAGCGGCUGCUGCGAGGCCACAUCCAUGGUAACCACGCUCACCCUUCAAGCCACGCGCUCCAUGUCCCAAUGGCAAUGGGGGAGGGCUUUGGCGGUGGUGGAGGAAGUUUGCCGGAGUGCGAGCCCAAGCAAAGGCACCGACCAGUCAACUUGCGUCACGCUAUCGCCACAGUGAUCAUCACCGGUGUAGUUUGUGGGAUAGUGUGUCUGAUGAUGCUGGCCGCAGCGGUUUACGGAUGCGCAUAUGCUGCCAUCAUGGCUAAGUAUCAGCGAGAGCUAAAGAAGAAUCAAGAGUUGGCGGCAGCUCGCGCAGCCAAGCUUGCCACACUGGAUGAAAAGGAACCACUGGAGAACGCUAUUGCCUAGAAGAUGGUGACACAACUUUAAACGUGGGUCUCAACCCUUUAACUCAAAAAUAUUUGGAUGCCAUACAGUGGGGCGAAAAAGUAUUUGGUCAGCCACCGAUUGUGCAAGUUCUGAUGACAGAGGUCUGUAAUUUUCAUCAUAGGUACACUUCAACUGUGAGAGACAGAAUGUGAAAAAAAAAUCCAGGAAUUCACAAUGAAGGAAUUUUAAAG